GUCUUGUAGUGCCAUAAAUAAAUAAAGUAACACGGUACUAUUGUACUGAAUUGAACCCUGUGCAAACUUUCAGAGUAACAAGAAUCAGACAAACAUUCUCUCCUGCUUCUCGGUGGAGUUUGUCCUCCUGACAGCACAGAGGACACAGCAGCCAGCGGCUCUGGUAUCAAGAUUUUGACCCCGCCCCACCCUUACCUCAACGAGCGCGUGCGCUCUAAUUUGACCAACAACAUCUGGGGCACGCGAGCAUGCGACACAGGUGCUUUUUUUUCUUUCGUGCUUCCUGUUUGUUGCAACAGUCCAAAAAUUAUUUUCCCCCAAAUAUCACACGUAGACAGUAAUACACUCGACGCUUACAAAUGCUGAGCUGGUAGAGAGCGCGCGGAGGACAACGCAGAAGAACAAGGCGCUCUCUUCGGCUACAGAGCAAUGAGAUACAGCCUACGCUUCAGACUACCCUCCCUGUACGUGUCGUUGAAUCAGAGUAAACUAGACUUGAAGAACAGAAACUGUUUCCGAUGGAUGCGAUGGAAAAACUGGAGUCGGGACAUACUGCUGUCCUGUCAGGCGAGAACGAAGCAGAGAGCACGCGAGAGGAGCGGUCCGGUGCACUCGACCAACAUGACCUGGACACGUGCCCCGUUUGUCAUCUAAGCUUCCACAGCAAGGAGCCCAAACUUCUGCCGUGCCUGCACACUUUCUGCGAGAGGUGCUUGCCUUUACCCUCGAGGAAUCUGGACGUGACGGAACCGUCCGUCUCCCAGAGCGACAACGGCGCGACCAAACCACUAAACGUGAUCCGCUGUCCGGUGUGCAGGCAGGAAUGUAUGGCGGCAGAUGUGUUGGAUAAUAUGUUCGUGAAGGAGUCAUUCGAGGCUCCCAGCAGCACAGUGGAGAGAGCAGUCCAGCUCUGUAUGACCUGCGAUGACAACACCGAAGCUGCUGGGUUUUGUGUUGAGUGUGUGGAGUACUUGUGUACUACCUGUGUGGAGGCCCACCAAAGAGUCAAAUUCACCAAAGACCAUAUGAUCAGACAGAAGUCGGAAGUAUCACAAGACGUUUGUGUUGUGUCGAAUCAGAGGCCGAUGUUCUGUCAUAUCCACAAACAAGAGCCACUGAAACUCUUUUGUGAGACAUGUGACCUGCUUACCUGUCGGGACUGCCAACUCACCAAGCAUAAAGACCACAGUUAUCAGUUCCUUGAAGAUGCUUAUAAAAACCACAAAGAGCACAUGGAGCGUAUGACUCAUCAGCUACAGGAGAAAAAGAAACUGAUAGAAGAGGUAUCAGACUCCAUAAAUAGUGGACUUCUUCUGGUGGAACAGAACCAUACUUCUGUUCGUGAUGAAAUAAAGAAAUCUGUCAGCAAUUUAAUCCUCGAGAUAAACAAAAAGGGCAAAAUUCUACUUGAUCAACUUGAGGCUGUUACAAAAGAUCAUGAGAGUCUCUUGCGUAAACAACAGAAAGACAUUGGCUAUCUGUCCCAACACCUGGAUCAUGUCAUCGACUUCAUCAAAUGGGCCACAGCCAAAAAUGGGGGCACAGCCCUAUUGUACUGUAAACGUUUGAUUCUGUUUCAGAUCGAAAACCUCCUUCAGGCAAAAUGCAGUGCUUCAUUCGUACCGCAGAGCACCAUACGCUUCCAGUGCCGAGCCUCUUACUGGGCCUCAAAUGUUGAUUUGGGCACUUUAAUGGUGGAGAGUGUACCAGGCCACCAGCUGGGUGGUUUUCAUCAUGAGCACACCCACAGUGGGCAGAGUUCCUCAGGCUCACCCCACAGCUUUGCCCUGGGAGCUCCCCAUAGCACUCUGGCUCAGCUCCAGAUGCAGGUGGACAAGCUAAACCCCCAAGCUCACUGGCAGCCCCAACCACCUCCUCCACCCUGCACAUGGUACCAAAGCAUCCAACUACAGCAAACAGUACCGGGGCCCCUACAGAGAGGCUCUCCCUCCCACAGUUUGCCUCCUCAACCAGACCACAGGUUUACGAGGCCUCUGCCCAACCAUGUUAGCUCAACUAGGAGCAUACUGAGCCCUGGAUUUUCUCCCCAGUAUCAGCAGAGAAGGACAGGAAGUGGCUCCACCUACCAAACCAAGCCUAUUGAUGGAUUUUUCUCUACACCCUUCUAUGCACAAAUAACUCCGCCACCCCUCAGUGGUAGUGUCAGUUUACCUCAUUCACAACAGAGGACUGAGCCCACAUACAUGAACAGGGGAAAUGAUUCAGCAGGUCCAGUUUAUACAGUGAAACCAAACUAUCCUCAGGGAGCAGAAACUUCCUUGUCAAGCAGAAACGCACCAGGACAUCACACUCCAGUAUCCCAGAAAAAAACAAGCAGCGUUUUUUGGAAAGCCCCAGAAAUACACCAGGCUAGUGGAGCAGUGGGAUCUGCUGCAAAGAAGAGACAACGAUCAUCUCCAAGGCCUAUAAUUAUCAUCAAAGAUGAACCAGAUGAUGAAAGUAGUUAUGUUGGAUGUCAGAACAGAAAGGGGAAUUCUGGAGUGAGGUGGAUGAAGUGUUUAGACUGUGCCCCCAGGAGGGAGAGAGUAGUGAUUGAAGCACACUUCAGUGGACAGAUCUACACAUCAUGCUUAUUCUUGAACAGCAAUAUCAGUACACCUCUCCAUUCCUCAGGCAUCCUCCCACUUACCAAGAUUGUGUUAAACAAUCUGGCUAAAAGUCCACUGCCCUCUCUACCAGACACCUCCAUACCUCCACAGGUACAUCCCAAACAAAGAGCCAGCCUCCCCGACAGCACAGAUGACCAACCCCAAAUAAAUUCCCAAGGUGAAGAUGUCCAAACUUGUGUUCAUAGCACAGACGACAAACCCUGUUGCCCCUCACACUCUCCAAGUGAGCCACUGGGCCAGAGUAAGACUAGACCUCCAAAUCAUGUCAGUUCAGUGGGAGAACAGCAGCAGGUAGAGCAAAAUAAAGUCCAACUGGAAGACUCUAAUGAGACCUCGUGCGCUGUGUGUCAGACUACAGGAGAGCUGUUGUGCUGCCAAAAAUGUCAUAAAGCUUUUCAUCUUACGUGCCAUGUUCCAGCUCUCCUCAGAUCUCCAAGCAGGGAAUGGUUUUGCACUUUCUGUUGUGACCUGUUAUUGCCUGAGAUGGAGUAUGUCUGCAAACCUGAAGCCAAAACAAUAAAGAAGGAGAUGGAUUUUGAAGGAGCAUUUUCCCCUGUGGACAAACAAAAGUGUGAGAGGCUGUUGCUGUACUUGUUUUGCAGUGAGCUCAACUCAGUCUUUCACAAGUCUGCAUCUCUCUCGGUACAUGCUGAUAACAGUCUGACUAUAAAGGGACCAGUGAGUUUUUCCACAGUGAAAAACCGUCUAGAGGCUGAGCAGAGUAUGUGCUAUCAAAGCCCCGCAGAGUUUGUAUUAGACAUCAGGCUCAUCUUUGGAAACUGUGUAGCCUGCAGUGAGUGCCGGAGUAACACUGAACUUGCCGUGACAUGUAGGAGAUUUAAAGAACUCUUUGAAGAUUAUCUGAAGCUCAUCUACCCUGAUCAGACCUUUCCAGAAAUCAAACCAGAGAUGAUUCAGACUGCUUCACCCGAGUGUCAAGAUUCUCAACUCAAAUCUCUUGACAAUAUAGUCCCACUUGCAAAACGCCAACGCACAUUUUCAGAUUCCCAGGAUGCACCAAGCUAUCUCAGUGGAGAAGAGGGUAUUGGAUUAAAGCUCCAAUUUUCCUAACCAAUUGGAUAUGUGCCGGACGGCACAAAGAAUGUGUGGUGUGUAGCGUUUUAUUAAAAAAUGUUGCCUUCAAGUUACCAAAUACAUUUUAUUUUUAAUGAUUAAAUGGUAUUGCAUGACAAGAAUUGUGAAUUCAGAAGUCAAAUGAUACUUUUUUGUGUUCUAAUCAGAAUUAAAGCUCGUAGGUUUUGCAGUAUUUCUACUUCUGACUGAAACCUGAAGAGGACAUUUUAGUUGUUCUUUUGUUACUACUGCUGUAAUCAAAUGAUAGUAAUCACAAACUCUCAGGUUUCUGAUGUUAAAUUGUGUUUCAAGGCCCCUCACAGUCAGAUCAUUAAUAGCAAAUUAAAAUAAUCUAAUAAAAUUCAAGACAAAUACAUUGCAUACUUUCACACAGUGCAGAAUAUUUCUGUUUGCCCUGGUUUGUUAGGCUCUAUUUACACAGUCCAAAUCUAUAGUUUUCACAAUGUAAAGGAAAAUGCAAUUUUAUUUAGCAUUUUUUAUGUAUAUUCUGGCUUCUUUAUAUUAUAUAUUCUGGUGACACUGCCCAUGUAACAAUGUGUGUGAUUAUAUCCGUCAGGGUCAUAAUGUUGACUUAAAAAGCUUUCUUAUAAAUGUAAGACAUAAAGACUGGUUUUCUCAUCACCAGAGGUCAGAACAUUUACGCAUUCAGGUCAACUUGCAUAAAUGAACAAGUAUAGUAACUAUUAUUCCUUAUAUAUUGAGUAACAGCUCCAGCUAAGGUUUAAUGUUCUACACCUUUUUUGGCUCGAUAGCUGCAUGUUAAUUGAGUUUCAUGUUGUUCUACAAACUCCUUUGGGUCCCACAGGGCAGAUUUCAGUCUGCCUUUGAUGUGUUAGUGACCCUCUGCAGAUUGACAUAGACGUGGCAAGACCAGCUAUAAGGAGCUUCAAAGGAGCUGCGCUACACCCCCAACAACAAGAUUAACACUGUUUGAAUGCGACCUUGGCCACUCCAAUUUCCUUCACCUAUUAGCUUGCAAGUCAGCUCAUGCUGCGUUUACUUGUUAAAGCCCAAAUGUAGAUUUGAGGUGGAGCGAAGGAAUGAGGCUUAGUUGUUUCUGGUGGACUGAAAGGCAUGGGAAGUUGCCCUCUGACUGUUCUCCAGCCAGCUGGACUGGAAGCAUGGCAGGGUUCUGGCUUUCAUGCUGGACAUUCUUCAUUCCUUAUAUGGCAUAUUAUCUCUUAUUAGAUAAGAUUAGGACAGGUCAGCACUAAAGGCUUGCCCUUUGUUGUUGUGAUAAGUCUAAGAAGGAGUUGCUACAUCUUUGGCUGAUAGAGGACUCCAGGACCUACAUAUGCUUUACUAUAGUAGUACUACAGUCUUAACCCAAAGGUACAGCAGACAGUAAUAUAUUAAAGAGCACAAAAUUUAUUUAUUUUUGACAAUCGUGUGAGGAAGUACUUGCCCCCUCCCUUUUCCCCGCAUAUUUGUUACAUGUUUCAGAUCAUCAAACACAUUUUAACAAUAGCUCAAAAUAACUGGAGUAAAAACCAAA